ACCAUGUCAAAUAUCAGUGUUUAGGUUAUGUCACGUCAAAUUUCCUUAAAUAUUUUUAUUGUAUAUUGUAUUUAUUAGAAUAUGGAAGUAAAAGUUAAGGAAGAGUUUGGAGAAUAUGAAAAAAUAUAUUCAGAAACUCAAUUAUGCACAUCUAUAGACAUUGAAGACAUUAAAAAUGAACCAGAUGAACAUUGCUCAGGUUUUACUGAUCAACAAACAAGACAAGAAGAAGAAAUAUCAUCAAAAGUCGCUAAUUGUUCCAAGGAUUUAAAAAGCAACCUGCAAUUACACAAUGACGAAAAAUCUUACAAGUGUGAAUUUUGUACUAAGGAGUUCACUAAAAAAUCUGAUUUAAAUAUUCAUAGAAGAAUACACAAAAAUACACAUAAAUGUGAAAUUUGCUUCAAGCAGUUUCCUACAAGAGAAAGUUUGAAACGCCAUUUGCUAACACACACUGGCGAAAAGCCUUUCAAAUGUGAGAUUUGUUCUAAACGGUUUACACGUGGGAGUCAUUUGAAAAGACAUUUGAGAAUCCACACAGGAGAAAAACCUUAUAAGUGCGACAUUUGCAAUCAUUCGUUUUCCUUCAAGAAUAAUUUGAAAGACCAUUUAAAAGGCCACAGUGGAGAAAAAUCUUUCGAAUGUGAGGUUUGUAAUAAACAGUUUGUUCAGAAGAGUAAUUUGAAGGACCAUAUGAUAAUGCAUACUGGAGAAAGAUCUUAUAAAUGUGAAAUAUGCUUAAAGGAUUUUUCUCGAAGUGGAGUUUUGAAACGACAUUUGAAAACGCAUACGAAAGAAAAACCUUUUGAAUGUGACAUUUGUUCUAAACAUUUUUACACCACGAGCCAUUUGAAACGCCAUUCCGUAGUACAUGAUCAGAAAAAUCAGAAAACGGUACAUGAAAAGUUACAUGAACAGAAAAAUCAGAAAAAGGUACAUGAUCAGAAAAAUCAGAAAAAGGUUUAUAAUUGUGAGAUUUGUUUUACACAGUUUUUUAGAGAAGGACUUUUGAGAAGACAUUUAGAGAAUCACACUGAAGGGAAAUCUUUUAAAUGUGAGGUUUGUGCUGAACAAUUUUACAAAGGCACAGAGUUAAAGGAUCAUAUGAGAACACACACUGGUGAAAAAAGGUUGGACUGAGGGUUAUUACAAGUAAUUUUCUCAGAAUAGAUAUUUGAAAGAGCAUUUGAGGACACAGAAUAGAGAAAAACCUUUCAAAAUUAACAUUUCGCACCUUUAGGGAAACACUGCUUCUUCUUCUUCGUGCGACUAGGAUUACUCCUGUUUGUCUGCCUCUUAUUCUGUUUCAGUUGUUGACUGUACAUUGUCUUUCCACCUUUUUGGCGGACUUCCAACGGGUCUUCUGCUAUAUGGCUUGUUGUUUUUACAGAUGUCUGCUAAUCUAUCUGGUCCCAUUCGCUUUACAUGUUCGUUCCAGUUUCUUUUUUCUUGUUUUUAUCCACCUGUUAAUAUUUUGAAUUUGACAUUGUUCGUGUAUACUUCUGUUGCUUUGUCUGCCUCUUAAUAAUAUGCCCGCUAUUGAUCUUAAUACUGUCAUUUCGAUAUUGUAGAUUUGUUGUUUCGUCUUUCUUGUAUCGGUCCUUGUCUCCGCCGCAUAUGUUAGGAUUGGUCUUACUGUUGUCCAGUGCCGGAUUAACCAUUAGGCAAAGUAGGCUGUUGCCUAUGGGCCUCGGUUCCAAAGGGGGCCUCGCGGGGACCAAAACGAAGUUGAAAGAUUAAAAUAUCGCGCAAUACCAUAAAAGUUAUGGUGGACGUAUAAAGACUACAUUACAAUUCAUACUUUUGUUCACAUAGAAAGUACAUGCUGUGGGAAUACAUCGCUAAUGAAUGCCCUUUGGUAGAAGGACCAGUACUACAGAUGGAAACAAGAAUCGAAAGAGAGCAAAAAAACAAGAAAAAUCAGGAGAAAGAAAAGAUACUUAAUAAAUAUCCAAAACAGAAGCAAAACUUAUUUAAACUCAGUUUCACACGGAAAUCCAUAGUGAAGCAGCAACCAAUGAAAAUGCACGUGAUGGAAUAGAAAUAACUGAGGGAAACAUAGCUUCCGUAACUGAAGAAGAUGAAAAAAUAUGUAACGACAGUUUUAUUCCAGUUCAAGAAGUUAAAGAACCAGAAACCGAAACUAAGUUAAAAAUUAAAGUUAAGGAUAAAUUGGGUCCUAAAUUCGGAAUACGGCAUAGGAUUACGGAAUACAGUAACUAAAGAAGUAAGGACAUUUUGGAUUGGGAAAGGUCUUCAGAAUGUAAAAACCUUGAUAAAAGUGUUUCAGCAUCAAAAAGAAAUUUUGAAGGCAUUAUAAGAUUUUUAUACAAUCUAUGGUUUUUCGAAAACAAAUCAGUGGAAUAAAAAUUAAAAGAGAUUGGCUGACGUAUUUUCCCUCAAAUAGAAUAUCGUAUUUUGGGUUUGUUCAGUCUGUGUAAAACUUUUUUUCAUCCUCUACCCACCGUUGGGAAGUUCAGAUCCUUAAAUGAAACUCCACUAAGCGAUCUCAUUCGCCACGAUCUAGUCCUUAUAAGAACAAGUAGCACAUGCCAUAAGACCUUUGCCUAAAGGUUAAAACGCUUUCAAAUAUACUCUUGCUGAAGACACUAAUCAGCAAGGCGAAACAGUUCAUGAGGCUAAGUAUUUAGCCUAGUUUAUAAGAGUUUUGGGUAACAAUUUUAGAACGCAUCAACACUGUCAGUAAAUCAUUGCAGAGAGAAGAGAUUGAACUUCAAACUGCAGUUCAACUUCUAAAUUCACUUUUGGAGUUCUUAAAAUUCCAAAAAGAUAAUUUUGCUUAUUACGAGCAGAGGGCCUGCGACCUACAAUAUUCUGAAUAUUCUCUACUAUACUCUAAUUACUGAGCUGAGUCGUCGAUUGACAGUGUACGGGUCAAUGAACUCAGUAUUUGGUCUUUUGUGUUUUUCCAAAAUUGAAUGAUACUCAAAUAAAUGGGUGUGCUUCAAAAAUACAUGAAAACUAUCCUGAUGAUAUUGAAUCUUAACUUGAAAAUGAACUAGAACAGUUCAAAUAUUUUAUAGCCCAGCUUCAAACUUGCAGGGAAAACAAUUUAUUCCUGCUUCACAGUCAUUUUGGGUUAUUUCGCAACAGGCGAACGGACAUUUUCAAAAAUAAAAAUUAAAAACGGAGAAACCUGGGUUUCUUAAGGGGCCUCAUAGCUUGGGUUGUGCAAGGGCAUCAGGAUUCUUAAUCCGGCACUGCUGUUAUCGUUUCUACCUUUCUUUUGCUUUUAUUUUGCUUUCUGUGGUUUCAUAUGGUUUCUCGGAGGCAACCACUUACUUCUGCUGCUUGCCUUGUGGUCUAUCUUCUUAUACCCCUGUCACUAGUGAUCUCUACUCAUAGGUAAUUGAAUUUCAUUACUUGUUCUACAAUUUUGCCGUCUAUUUCUAAUUUGCACCUAUGCGGCCCUUUACUGAUCACUAUACAUUUAGUUUUUUUCCACUGAUAUUUUCAUAUUACGUUUGUUUGCUGUGAUAUUGAAGGUGUGGAGCUACCGUUAUCAGCAAUUAUGUAGUUCAAGUGCAAAUUUGUUAAUUGUUGAGAAAACGCAUUUAAACUUUUGAAAGUUAGUUAAGGGGCUAUCCUAGUGUAAAAGUACGAAAUUCAUAUACUUUUUUUUGGGAAUUUUUAAAAUAAAAAGUACUGUACCAAUUGUUUUGAAAAUUUUCAUCAGCAUUUAUUAUAAAAAGAAGUACAUGCAAGACAAUUUUUAUAAAAAAAAUAUAGAAAAUUAAACGAUUUAUGCGCCAACUACUGGCACCGUGAAAAUAAAACAGGGCUCCACUGCUGCAGUGAUUGGGACUAAUAGAGAUCCUGAAACAUAAAAUUUUAAAGUGAUUAUUGAAAAAUAAGUUAUUUCCUAUACCAUCAACUAGGAUUUUGGAAAAAUAUUAAAAUUUGGAAAAAUGACGAAGUGUUGAAAUUUUUGAAGUUAUACUUCUUUACCGGCGAUAGAGGGUGAUUUUUUUUAUAUGUUAAAACCUAUCAGCCCGGCGCAUGCGCAUUAUAACUUUGUUCUGAUUGGAUGUUCAAAUGACAUGUCAAAAAUUAUCCGAUAUGGCAGCUGUGGUUUGGAGGUAAAGGUAAAGGUAAACAAAUGUAUAAUAUAUUAGUUUUAUUGUUGUGAGGACAGAAACAAAAAAGUUUAUAAUAUUGUAGUGACUUUUAAAUAGUUUUUAAAAGCAACAGGUACGUAAUAAUUGUUAAUGUAUCAUGGGUAUAAACCUACCUAUUUGAUCUGCCAAAAUACAUAGUAUGUAAUACUCUUAGGGCCGGUUGUUCGAACGCUAAUCAAAACUGAUCAUUAUCAAAUAUUUAAUUUCAAUUAUAUUUGAUUAAGCGUACUUCUGAGAGAUGUUGAAUUUUGAGGUUAUGAUGACUGAUUUAUUUUAUUAUUUUGGUUUUAAUUUAAAAUAAAACAUAAUUAAACUCUUUCUGAUGUUAAUUUCUUGUUUUUACUUACAAAUCAAUAAUAAUAAUAAGCAAUUUUUAAUAAUUUAAGAGCUGCGGCUAUAUUUUAAUUACUGUUUUACCUACAAUCAAUAACUGAUUAGUGUUUUACAUGUAUUUUUCAUGUCGCGAUUUGAUUCCCAUCAAGAAAAUUGAUUACAAUAAAUGAAGGAUUAUAAUCAACUUCUUGAUUAGCGUUCGAACAACCGGCCCUUAUUUAUAUAAUUUGAUUACCAUCAAAAUUUCUAUCAAUAUUCACCUAAUAUAUUGUUUUUUUUUACUCUGUUUUGUUGUAUUUUUUCAAUUCUAAAUCAUUUCAAUUCAAAAUUAAAAUAAUUUGAUCAAUUUUCAAAAUAUCAAAAUAUCACAAGUUUAAUCCGUUUAGUUAGUCGAUCUUCGUAAAAAAUGACACAUAGUGUCUGUGGCUAAGCGGAGAAGGCGAAUAAAUUCCAAUACCAACCACUCUUAUCAGCGUUGGUUCGAGUCCCAAUAGAAACUUUCUUUUUUGUUUUUUUUUAAUACAUUUUAUGAUUGUAAGUAUAUUUAUUAUAUAAUUGUAUUUUCAGAAAAUACGUAUUUAGUUAAAAAAAUUUUCGACAAUUAAUGUUCAGACAUCAUUUGUGGCUUGUUUAAUGUGUUUGUGUGUGUUUUAUUCUUUUAUUAUUUUAAUUUUUGGCACUGUUCUAAUAAAAAUGUUUGAGAAGUAGUAAGUAUAAAUUAGUUUAAUAUUUAAACAAAAUAUAAAUAAAAAGUAUAUUAAUUUCGUUUAAAUCAUAUAAUAGAAGUAUAACUUCUUACGUGCGUACAAAGUACACACACAUUCUUUUUUUUUUUAAUUAGCUAAAACAUUUUCAGUUUCAAAAACCGUCAAAUUGACAUUUUUUAUCCGAUCAAGAAACCCCUAGUUGAUGGUAUAGAAAAUAUCUUAUAUUUCAAUAAUAACUUUGAAAUUUUAUGUUUCAGGAUCUCUAUUAGUCCCAAUCACUGCAGCAGUGGAGCUGUUUUUAUUUUCACGGCGCCAGUAGAUGGCGUAUAAUUCGUUUACUUUUCAAUAUUUUUUUAUAAAGAUUGUUUUACAUGUACUUCUUUUUAUAAUAAAUGCUCACGCAAAUUUUCAAAACAAUUGGUACCUACAGUAGGUACUUUUUAUUUAAGAAAUUCCCAAAAAAGUAUAUGGAUUUCGUACUUUUACACUAGGAUAGCCCCUUAAGGCCAAAAGUGAGAUGCAAAUUACAAGAGAAAGUAGAAAAUUAUUGUCCACGGUUUUAGUUAUUACCAUAUACUAUAACAUGUAAAGCAUUUUUAAGGAUUUUUUUUUAAAUGUCCCCUCAUAAAGCCACCUGAAAGGGGAGAAAAUUAGCAAAUAUGUCAUUGUUUCUUAAAAAUUAGGAAAUACAGUAGAGCGUCGAUUAUCCGAACUAAUUGGGGGACAUGGGUGUUCGGAAAACCGAUUUGUUCGGAUAAUCGAACUAUAUUGAGAUUGUCAUACAUAUUUAUCCACAAGUGAAUAAAAACCGUAUUUAUAUAACUGUAUAUUUGUUUAUACCUUGAUAAUGACAAAUAGCAAUUAAACAAAAAAGUGCAGUCUUUUCAACAACAUAUUUUUGGAUACACAAUUGAAGAAAAUUGAAGAUAUUUUAAGCGUUAACUACUAACGCUUUCUCAGUACUCGAGUGCGGGGUGCGUGAGUUGGGAGUUCGGAUAACCGGUCGUUCGGUUGAUCGACGUUCGGAUAAUCGACGCUCUACUGUAUGUCAUUAUUUCUCAAAAAAUGAGCAAAUAUCUCAUUGUUUCUCCAAAAAUUUCAUAAUUUUAUCAUGACAUACUAAUGUUGUAUCACGCACAACUGACAAUCGGACUUUGUUGUACAUACCAAGAAAGCAGGUAAAAACGGAAAUUCAACAACGACAUACACACCAUCUAGCGAAAUAGGGAAGAGUUACAAUUCUGACUUUGUUUCCCCAGACAAAUACGAGUAUUAGGAAUAUCGUAGUGUUGAUAACUCAAUUUGUGAAAAAUUUGCACUUGCGUUAGUGUUUCCCCAAAGUUGCGAUUUGUUUUGCACUGUUUUUUGUGAAAUAAGAAAUAUCUGUAUUGCCAACAGUAUAACAACAGCUUGUUACGCCAACGUUUUUGACAUCCUCUCUGACGUCAUCUUCAGGGCUUCCGGGGUCUCAGUCUCCUAAGCCUCUGACACUACAUUGUUCACUGAACACUGCGGUACUGAUAAGCCCACGAUAUUUAUUUCUAUGGUAAUGGAUACGUACCUUAACAAAGCAUGUUGUUCUGAAGCUAUUUUCUUGUGGCAUUUUUGCAACUAGUUUUGAUGAGAAAUAAGCCACAAUUUUACUAAAAAAAAUUAUUUUAUUAACGUGUUGACAACCAAAUCGGGUGUCGUUGUCAAAAUACAAAAAAUAUUAAUGAACAAAAAUGUUGUUGCUUAGUAAAAAAAUUCUUCUAAUAAUUUAUUUAAUCUGACCAGGGGCGUCAUUUGACAGGGUCAGGGGACAUUUGCCUGAACCUGAAAAUGAGUGAAAUUUACAAAAUACAUCAAUUUUAUUACUAUAGUAUUGUAUAAUGUAUUGUAUGUAUAAUGCUUGCUCCCCCAAUCAAAAUUUCAAAUGACGCCCCUGAAUCUGACUCAUUUAUAUCGGCACUUCAGACAUAUGUUAUACAUUUUAAAGUAGAAGACUUUAAAAUUAUAUUGCCAAUAUUUAUGAGUUGCGUUCCUGGGACGACUUUAUUGAAAGGUAGUUCAUUCGAUUACAUGAAAUCAACCCCAACUCAAGAAUAUCUGCCACAAAAAAAUCAUAACAUGUGAUCUGUCUUUAAAAAGACAACCACAUGCAAUGGUGACUAAAAUAUGUACUAACUCGAUAUGUUAUUGACUUACUAAUCCUGGUAUUUCCUUUCUAUUGACUUUCUCUUUUAGUAUGGGUAACCACAUCCUUCUGCAUUCUAUCGAGUAAUUUGCUACCGUAAAAUGGGGUGACUUUGACCGUUUUUGUACUUUAAUCCUAUAAAAAUCAUAUUUUAAAUUUUGCUACAUUUUUGUAUAUAUAAAUAUGUUAUGGGUUUAGGCGUCUACUUUCAGCAGCUUAGAUUAUAAUUACAAGAAAAUAAUCAUGACUUAAAAAAAAUAAAAAAUGCCUUUGGUCAAGUUCACCCCAUCUGGGGGGAAGUUGACCGUAUAUGCUUUUUGCCUGGUAAACUUAUUUUUCUUUUAGGUGGGGUUAAUUUGACCGUUUUUAAACCAUUUUUUCUUAAUUCGUUAUAUCGGUGGAUUUAACAACCCUUGGAAUAUUAAUUAUUUUUUUUAAUUUAAAAAUGAAUUCUUAGAUAUUUAUAAAUUUGAAUCGUUAAAAAUAAUUUUAAAAAUUAUACAGGGUGGCUGAAGUAUAUCACAAUAGAUAUUUUUCUAUGUUUUCGGUCAAAUUCACCCCAGAGGUCAAAGUAACCCUAUUUUACGGUACACAAUUGGUUUCAUUGAGCAUAAUUAAAGCCGCUUCUUUGAUUUUUCUCUUCUUACUAUCUGUUUCUUUCAGGACUAUACUUGAAUCUCUCCACUGAACUCUAUGUUCAUUAUCCCAUGCGUGUUGACAUAUUUGAGAUCUAUCAAAUUCUCUAUUUUUAAUAUAAGAUGAGGUUUUUUCCUGGUUUUCCCUCUUGAUUUACUAUGGAAUCUCUAACGCGAGAAUUUUACUGUCACCAUUGCAUGUGGUUGUCUUUUUAAAGACAGAUCAUUAUGAUUUUUUUUUGUGACGGAUAUUCUUGAGUUAGGGUUGAUUUCAUGUAAUCGAAUGAACUAUCUUUCAAUAAAGUCGUCCCAGGAACGCAACUCAUAAAUAUUGGCAAUAUCAUUUUAAAGUCUUCUACUUUAAAAUGUAUAAUAGUGCAGUCACUGAAGGUGGAUAUGAGCUAUUACCUCCGAUUUCGUUGAAUCUCCAUCGAUUUGCAUGAAAAUUGGUGUGUGGUUAGAGGAUAUCUCAAGGAACAAAGGUGACAUGGUGCUAACUUGCGCUUUUACCCUGGGGGUGGAUGCCACCCUCUCUGGGGGUGAAAAUUAUUUUAUUAAAAGUAACCCCAUAAUUCGAUAGAGGGACAAAUUCUAAGCAAAAUUUGUUAUAUAAAGUUAUUAAUUGAAAUAAAUACUUUUUGAGUUAUGAAAGAUCAAAAAUUUUAAUUUUUCGUGAGAAAAAUGCAUGUUUUUAACUGAUUUUUCAUAAAUAACUCAAAAACUAAAAGUUUUUACAAAAAAGUUAUUCCCAAAAUUGAAGCUAAUAAAAAAUGAAAUAAACUCCUUACUUAAUGAAAUAAACUCCUUACUUGAAAAACCCUUUUAGUGUUAACUUUAAGUGAGUUAUAGGUAAUUGAAUGUAUAUAUUUUUCGGCCAGUACCCAAAUCUAAGUAUUCAAUCUUAUAACGUGAAAACGAUGCAUUUUAGAACAUAAACUUAUUAAACAUUUCUCAAAUUGUUUAGAAAUAUCUAUCAAAUGAGCCCCGAAGAAGUUGAUAGCAUUAAAAUAUAUGCUUAAUUUUUUUUUCAAAAUUCAUCUUUUAAAAUUUUUUCCAAAAAAUGUUUUUGUUUUCUCUUAAAUUACUCCGUUAAUUUUAACGCUAUCAGGUUCACGUAAAAACCAUUUAAAAGCUAAUUCCAAGGGCUAUUAAACCACGUUGAACUUAAUCUUUUAAACCCCCUACUUUUACCGUACAGAAAUAGUAAAACAGGUAAAAUAUUUGAUAGAGAAAAACUAAAAUUUGGUUAUAUAUCAUUUUUUAGGUAUGUCGAGUAUUUUUGGAGUUAUUAUCAAAAGAAAAUGAAAACCACGAUAAUUUUAAAAAUUCUGAUUUUUUUUAAUUAUAUCUUUUUUCAAAAAUAGGCAUUCUAAACGGAUCAAAAUUGUUGAAAUCAUUACUUACGCUAAUAUAAAGAAACUCUUGUAAAAAUUACAAUAAAUUUUAAUUUUUAAGGAAAUGGCGUAUGUUUUAUUUUUUACUUUUUCCUAAAAAAAUCGAAAGGGUUAUCUUAUUUUCAUCAUAACUUGCUUAAUUUUGAUGCUAUUAACUUCUUCUGGAGUUCAUUUGAUAGGUACUCCGAAGUACUUUGACAAGUGUUUAGUAGAUAUAUUUUAUAAAAUGCAUUGUUUUCCCGUUAUUUAAGCUUGAAUAUUUAGAUUUGAGUACUCGUCGAAAAAAAUAUACAUUCAAUUACCCAUAACUCACUUUGAAUUAACAGUUUAGUUCUUCAAGUAAGCAGUGUAUUCAGUUUUUUAUUAUCUUCAAUUUUGGUAAUAAGAACUUUUUUGUAAAAGCUGAUAGUUUUUGACUCAUACGUGAAAAACAGCUUUAAAACAUGCAUUUUUUUACUAAAAAAUAAAAUCUUUGAUCGUUAAUAACUCAAAAAGUAUCAAUUUAAAUUAAUAACUUUAUAUAACAAAUUUUGCUUAUAAUUUGUCCCUCUAUCGAUUUAUGUUAUUAUUUUUAAUAAAAUAAUUUUCACCCCCGAGAAGGGGUGGCAUCCACCCCCAGGGUAAAAGCGCAAGUUGGCAUCAUGGCACCUUUGUUCCUUGAGGUAUUUUCUAACUACUCACCAAUUUUCAUGAAAAUUGAUGGAGUGUGUGUGUUCACAAAGAGGGGAUGGAAUUAGAUAAACUUUUUGCCACAGAUAUUUGAAAGUUGAAGAUUGAAGAUGUCAUAUUAAAUUUUUAUUUUAGAAUCUUUAAGAAAUUGUAUGAUAAUAUCAUUAAUAGUUUUGGUAUUGAAGCUUAGUAGAUGUGAAAUAUUCAGCGGUAAACUUACAUUCCACUCCUGAAGUCUAGCAAUUAGUGCUUUCGUAUGGUUUUUAUUAAGUUCACAAUUAAAGAUUAUAUGAUUUAAAUCUGCAGUAGAGUAGUUAUCACAUGAACAGAGAGAGUUGAUACGCAUUCCUAUUUUAGCUAAAUUUGGAGGAAAAUUGCCAUGGUUUAAUCUUAAGCGACUUAGGGAUGUGGAAUAAAACCGAGUAACGUGAUAAUCAAAUAUAUGUGGGAUAUUUUGCGGAAGUUGUGGGUAUAUGUAAGUGUAUGGAUUCCUCGAAGUUUGUACAAACUUAAGCCAAAUAGUUUCCCAUUUCUUUCUUAAUUUUUUAUGCAAUUCUGGAAUGUAAUCGCUGGAGAUUGUUAAAUCUACUAUUUCAUUUAAAGUUGCCGAAUUCUUUGCCAUUUCAUCCACUAGCUCAUUUUCUUUGAUUCCAGCAUGUCCUUUUACCCAGAUAAAGACCAAGUCACUACUAUUAUUUUUAAAUCGAGCGAUUGUCUUUCUAAUAUGGCAUAACAACUCAUUGUUGUGUUUUUUGGUUAUUGGUUGUGAUAUUGCUCAAGAGCAGAUAAAGAAUCUGAUAGUAUAACCGUGUCUCCAACGUUCUGUUCAACCGCGUAAGUUAGGGCUCUUUCAAUAGCAUAAAGUUCGGCAGUGAAGAUAGAUGUACAUUUAGGCAGUCUAAAAGAAUUACCACUUUUUAUAUUAGAAACAUAAUAAGCGCUACCUACACUAUUACAUGUUUUUGAACCAUCUGUAUAGAUGUAUUUAUAAUUAGAAAAUUCAGAUAAGAUUAAUUUUAUUAUUUUAUUGUUUUGGCAUGGUAAGUUUCUAUAUGUAGGUUUUGGUUCAACGAAAUCGGAGGUGAAAACCUUCAGUUACUGCACUAUAAUAUGUCUGAAUUGCCGAUAUAAAUGAGUCAGAUUAAAUAAAUUAUUAGAAUUUUUUUACUAAGCAACAACAAAUUCAUUAAUAUUUUUUGUAUUUUGACGACACCCGAUUUGGGCGUAGAGACGUUAAUAAAAUCAUUUUUUUAGUAAAAUUGUGGUUUAUUUUCCAUCAAAACUAGUUAAUCAACAAAGCAUGUUAGAAUUUUUUGGAGGGAAAGUAGGAAGGAGAUUGUUUACAAAGCAGUGAUUGAAAAAAGUAUACGGAGCAGACUAUUGAUCAGAGGAAUGAAGACACAGAAUAAGAUUCCUUGACAACAUUGACCAAGAUGGGAAUACAUGUGCUUUAUUAGAAAAAGUUAUAAAAUUCUAAAGUCAGAAUUGUGAUGAUAAUUUAAUGAUUAAAAUAGUACAAUCUUUAUUGUUUUCAUUGGCUAAAAGUGUUUUGAUGGAAGUUUGAAUGAACAUUGAUUCUGGACAUAAUAUAAGAAUAAGUACCUAUGUGAUUAGAUAUUAGUUUUUUUAUUAGAUAUAUAAGAAAUUAUUUUAAUUUGAUAUUUGUUAAAUACAUGAACAAUAAAUAUUUUAUUUUUA